AUGAUUUCGCGGCCCGCUGGAUGCUGUCUGUUGUUCUUGGUGUGUGGUGUGUAUUCGGCUUCGUUCAAGGUCGAAGUUCAGAGAGUUUUGAGUAAGAUUUUUGAUGAGAAUUUGCGAUAGUUGGGCUCUUUCUACGCUUCGCUGAGAAGGUGUACCUAUCCCGUGGAAAAUUGCAGGAUCUAACAAGGAAAGUACUUCUAUGGGGUGUGGAGUUACAGGUCGAGAUAUAUAUCAAAAAAUUCGCAAAAAUUUUCUGCUUCAGAAUAUAUAAAAAUUAGCUGCCUAAUUUUGGUCUGAUGACAUGUUUUUGUCCUCAGAAGUUUUCUCGCGACACCAUGCAAGUGUCUUUUUGACCGUGUUUUUACAAAUAAAAAAUUUUGUUUUGUGCUAAAAUAAAUUCUGAGGCCUUGACAAGCCUUAAAAUAUCAAAUUGGAUUACAACUACACCUUAAAGGUAGUUCCAAUGUAAAAAAUGGGUUCUAGUGUGGCAAAAAGAAUCGAACCCGUUUCCCUCGGAUUUCCAAUUCAGCGCUCUAUCCACUCGGCCGCACCGCUCUCUUCCGAAGGAAGAGACCGAGCGCGCUUUUGUUGCCGCAGAUUUUUUUCCUCGAGAAAAACGUUUAUUGAUAAAACUCGCUGAUAGAACAAAAAAUUAGGCAGCUAAUUUUUAUACAUUCUGAAUCAGAAAAUUUUUGCGAAUUUUUUGAUAUAUAUCUCGACCUGUAACUCCACACCCCAUAGAAGUACUUUCCUUGUAAGGUUUGGUAAGAGGUAUCAAAAAACUGCCGAUGCCAUUCGAAAGAGCAUCUCGAGUAUCCUAUUAUCGCCUAAAGCCAGUAAUGCAUAUACAGUAGUUGUCAGCGAAUUGUCAAUUUUUUUAUUUCGAGUGUAACUUUACGCAGACUCAACAGAAUUUGAUGAGACCAAGAGCGUUUAAGAGGCUGGGAGACACGCUUUAACGCUGUAGAAUUGUUUUAUUUCAUAUCAGCCGCAGGCGUGGUAAAAAUUUCAAAACAAUUUUUUUUGUUGGACAACGAAUUGUCAAUUUUUACAUUUUGAGGUAUAAGAUCUCAAUAAACCGGCAUACAAGGACUACAAUAGAAAGUAAUCAGUUGCUGGCAAUUAUAGAACAGCAUAGAAUCGGUUUCAGCCCUUCUAUAAUCUCCUUCGCCUUCUAUGGGUCGGGCACUUGGGGGUAGACUAUGUACAAUAUAAUGACAGCUUAGGGGUCUCAAAGGCCGAAAUUAUUUGAUAUUCCGGUUUUUAUGGGCGGCUACAUCUUACUACAAAAGGGCAGGUCAAAAAAUUACUGCUAAAGGGUUACACUUGCGCCUUUUUACCUCAAUUAUGUUAAUCAUCGCCUUUCAUACUGUUGGUCAGAGUAUCAAAAAUCACAAAUGUCGCGCAUGAAGAUCGUCGGAGCAACCUUCUAUAUUUGAGAACAAACUACACUAAAAGACGAAUAUUUAAUGCCUUUUAUAUGUCAGUAUCAGCAUCAUGGAAGAGGUAUGCAGAGGGAAAUAUUUGCAUUUACAUGAAUUUUCAAGUCGGGUUUGCAACACCCAGAAAAUAUUUCGUAAAGUCUGCAACUUCCAAAAUAUUUUAUUUGCAUAUUUAGGUAUUUUUACAAGCAUUAAAAAGCUUAGUUAAACGUAGAAGACGUGCAAUAAAAUCAUUAAUUUACACAUCAGCCUAAUGUGGCACAUGAAUUAAGUGGACCGUCAGAAUCUCAUCAGGAAAUUUUAGGGCGUUCAGACAGGUAAUGAAAUAAUUUGUAUAAUGUCGCCAGAUUGGCCGUAAAGAAAGUUUAAGAGAACCUAUGCCCCCUGUCGGCAAGAAAAUUAUCGAUUUUUGGGAGUAACACAGGGUUUAGAUGACCAUAAAUAAUAUUAUCUGACGAAUGUUUGACCUUAGCUCCUCCAAGUUGUAAUCUGGUGCACUUAUGUUACACAUAAGCAGUACUCUUCCAUUAAAUACCGGAAAUCAAAUAAUUUCGGCCCUUGAGACCCCUAAGCUGUCAUUAUAUUGUACAUGGUCUACCCCCAAGUGCCCGAGCCAUAGAAGGCGAAGGAGAUUAUAGAAGGGGCUAAAACCGGUUCUAUGCUCUUCUAUAAUUGCCAGCAAUUGACUACUUUUUAUUGCAGUCCUUGUAUGCUGGUUUAUUGAGAUCUUAUACCUCAAAAUGUAAAAAAUUGACAAUUCGUCGUCCACCAAAAAAAAUUGUUUUAAAAUUUUUACCACGCCUGUGGAUGAUAUGAAAUAAAACAGUUCCACAGGGUUAAAGCGUGUCCCCAGCCUCUUAAACGCUCUUGGUCUCAUCAAAUUCUGUUGAGUCUGCGUAAAGUUACACUUGAUAUAAAAAAAUUGUCAAUUCGCUGACAACUGCUGUAGUAGUAGCUGAAUCAACUCCUUUCAUGGCAUAAUUUCUGCUUAGCAGCCCCUACUUUCAUUUCUAAAAAUAAUAGAGACCUUCCCUAAAACGUAUUUUACCCGCAAAAAUCGUAAUUUUUCCACUUACAGCCAACCAGUCCAGUGUAAUUUACGAUGUGUACGGCCAACGUCUCAACAACCGCAAUGACGUGGAGUACCGGGGCCGCAUGACCCUCGGCGACCCUCCGCAAGAGUUCAACGUCGUCUUCGACACUGGAUCCGAUAUUCUUUGGGUGCCGAAGGAGGGCUGUAAGUCCGCGGGUCCGCUAGUGAAGAAAUGCCCGAACACCGAUGUGUAUUCUCCUGGAGCGACGGCGGAGAACACAAGAAAUCCUUUUAAAAUCGAGUAUGGAACAGGAUCAGCGAUUGGGACCUAUUACAAGGAUGUUUUUGCGGUGAGUUUUUUGGGAUUUUUUGGAAAAUUUUGAAUUUUUUUUUGAAAUUCAAAAAGGCUUUUUGUCUAGAAUUUUUUUUAAUUCUAGUAUGUACUGCCUCCUAAAGCACAGAAAAUUAGUUUUUUAACCCAUAACUGAAAAUUUGAACAAUAAAAAAAUUUGAAUAUUCAAAAAAAUUAAUUAAAUUUUUUCAUUUAGUCUUGCUAAAACUUGUCAAAAUGUCAUCUCGAAAACUUAAUGACAUUUAAAAUCAAAAUCCCGUUCCAGUUCGGCGCCAAAGGCGGAAAACAAUUGAAAUUCAAGAACAAGGUGACUUUCGGCGCCGGGGAACGGAUGCAAUUCACGGACGAGGGUAUCCUCGGACUCUCCUUCCCCGCCCCCGGCGAAAUGGGAACCAACAUUUUCGACGAGGCCGUCAAACAGGGCCUCAUGGACAAGCCAAUUUUCACGGUUUACAUGAAGAAAUGUGAUAGUAAUUGUGAGGAUGGAGGUGUUAUUACCUUCGGUGACUAUGACAAAGAGCAUUGUUGCAAUGUCAAGGGAUAUGUCGAUAUUAUCCCCAAUGAAGUUCAUUGGAAAUUCAAGUUGGAUGGAGCGAGAAGUAAGUGGAUUUUUGGGGUGAAAAAAGUAAUCAGAAAUGUGUUAAAGUAGAAAGGAAUAUGUUUUACUGACAUUUUGUAUAAAUUUAGAAGGCAUUUUCUUCAAAUAUUUGACUGAUUUUUGGCUUGCGAGUUGCUGUAAAAGCCGAGAUCUUUUGGUCGAACAAUGUUGAAAAUUAAAAUUUUAAAAACUGUUUGGAAACAAAAAGCAAGUGUUUUGAGUAACAUAUAGCACCAUCGUCACAAAAAAUCUUUUUCCAUUUUUCUGGAAAAAGAUUAGACCCUCUUCGGGGCUAUAGAUAGUACAGGCCCCCCCCCCCCUCGUCCAUUCUGAACCCCAAAAUUUAUUUCAAACAAUUAAUCCAUGUUGUAUGGUCCAACACAAACCCCCUCCGUUUUAGAAAAAGCCCCCUACGUUUUAGGUCAAGCCGCCUACGUUUUAGAUCAAAUCCCCACUUACAUUUUUUUCUCGGUAGUGUCUAAACAUUGCGAGCUAAAAUUUUUAGUAAUUGAUUGCUGGCCCAUACACAUCAUAUCCACAAAAUUUGAAAAAUAUCCGACCUUUUCCCUCCGAGCUCUACCUCUAUGAAGUUACUAUAUCAUCAAAAUUUUAUGUCAUCAAAAAUUUCUAAUUUUUCAGUUGGAGACACCCAAUUAGCCCCAGGCGAUGCAAUUACUGACACCGGGACUUCGGCGAUCAUUGCUCCAAAAGCCGAUUUUCAACGAAUUAUCAGAGCAAUCGGCGCUACACAAGAGAAUGGGGCCAUUUUCGCGCCUUGCAACUCCGACUUCGUAUUGCACUUCACAAUGGGCGGGCAGGAGUAUCAUGUGCCGGCCAAACAGCUGCUGUUGAAUAUUGGCCAUCCAGCCACGUGUCAGCUUAUGCUUCAAGGCGGCGACUUUGGAUUCUGGCUUCUUGGGGAUCCGUUUAUUCGGCAGUACUGCCAAAUUCAUGAUUUCGCCGGGAAAAGAGUGGGAUUCGCGCCGGUGAAACAGAAAUAA